AUGAGAUACUCAUAUUCAGUGACAUAUACGCCUGGAAAACACCUUGCACCAGCAGACUGUCUUUCAAGAUGCCCCAUUCCAAGCAAGGAAACAUAUGACAUGGAAGAAGAAAUUGAAGCUUUUGUUCAAAAUGUGGUUGAAAACAUACCUACGACUGAUGAAAACAUAAACAGGUUACGGGAAGCUCAGCAAGCAGAUCCCAUCUUCAGAAAGAUUGCAGUAUACUGUCAUACUGGAUGGCCAGAAAAAUCACAACUUCCAUCUCAACUAGUCCCCUACUUCUCGGUUAAAGAUGAGAUAUCACUGAUGGACAACUUACUUUUACGCAAUUCUAGAAUAAUAGUACCAUCAAGUCUUUGUCAAGAAAUGCUUCAUAGAAUACACGUCGGUCAUCUAGGAGCCACCAAAUGUCGAGAAAAGGCUAGAUUCAGUUUAUGGUGGCCAGGAAUGGCAUCAGAUAUAAAUAUGAUGGUAGCUUCAUGCCCAACAUGCAUCAAACACAGAGAAAAUCGAAAUGAGCCGCUCAUUACUUCCGAGUUUCCAAAACGUCCAUGGGAAAAGGCAGCAAUGGAUUUGUUCAAGCUUAAUGGCAAAUGGCUCAUUGUUAUAACAGAUCAGUUCUCGAGAUAUUUUGAGAUUGCAACUCUACAAUCGCUCACUGCAUCUGAAGUUAUUGAGAAAUGCAAGUCAACGUUUUCUCGCCACGGUAUUCCUGAAGUUUUAUACUCAGAUAGUGGAACGCAGUUUGGCAUCACUAGUGCAGAAUUCAGAAAAUUUGCCAAAGAGUACAACUUUUUAUGCAAAACAAGCAGUCCUCAGUUUCAUCAGAGCAAUGGCUCAGCCGAAGCAGCUGUAAAAAUUGCAAAAGCUGUUCUAAAGAAGAACAAAGGAGAUCCAUAUUUAGCUUUGUUGUCUUACAGGAACUCUCCACUGGCCAACGGUUACAGUCCAGCACAGUUAUUAUACGGACGCAGACUACGGGACAAUUUGCCUACCUUACCAUGUCAUCUGGAGAACAAGCCAGACUUCAGUCAUCUCCGAGAGAAGGAGAAUCAUUAUAGACAAAAUUACAAACGAAAUUACGAUCGACGACAUGGUACUCGACCCUUAUCAGAUAUGAACCCAGGAACCAAAGUUUGGAUAUCUGAUUUGAAACGUGAAGGAAAAGUCGUAGAAAAGUUAAACUCACCACGAUCUUAUAAAGUACUGACGGACAAAGGAACCAUAGUUCGAAGAAACCGGUUUCACUUACAACCAAUGCCAAACAUUCAAAAGGAAAGUUACCACAACCAUCAAGCAUCAACAAAUAGUCAGAAGGAUCAUUGCCACAACCAUCAACCAUCAACAAGUAGUCAGAAGGAUCAUCGAUCUGAGGAAGACAACGGUAUGUGCUUAACAAACUUUUCAACAGAUAACCGUAACAGUCAACCAUUAACAAGAGGUCCGAUGGAUCAUCAUGAAGACAUGCCAAACUUUUCAACGGUUCCUCCAAACACCUCUGGAAUGUCUUCUGCUAACAUAACAACCCGAUCAAGACGACUUAUAAAACCUCCCCAGAAACUCAACCUUUAA